AUGCAUAAGAAGAUUGAAAUUACAUUGUGCUCGAUUUCAUAUUUCUAUAAUGUCCAAUAAUAAAAUAAUUAUCUUUUAUAUGAUUUUUCUCUACCAGAAGAGUAAUCGAAAGAAUAUAUUUUUAGUAACAAAUAAUGCAAGGCAGUAAAAGUUGACAUAAAUAAACUGAAAAAUGCCACUAAAAUAGAUUAAGCUCUCGAGAUUAUGUAUAUAUCUUAAUCUUAUUUAAGACCAUAACAAAAUAAAUUAUUGGAAAAGAAGAGAAGAGCCUAUAAUUUUAUACUUCCAUUUAAGUAAUCUAAUUGCAUUACAGCUCAUUUAAAAUAAUUAAUUACAUAAACAGAUAGUCUAUCAUUAAGUUUAGACUCUGAUAAUUUCUUUGAUAUUCUACUAGAAUACAAAGACUUAGAAAAGCUUAUUAAUAAUGAUAACAUUGUAGAAAAUUUGAAAAUAUUUCAUCUCCUUUUGCUUAAAGAAUAAGUGAGAGAAAUAUAUAUUAUAUGUGAAUCAUAAGAAAAUUUAGUUUCUCGUUUUCCUUUUUAUUAUUAGAGCUUUGAAUUUAAUUUCCCCAAUGAAAUAAUUGAAAAUUAACUUUACUUAGGUAAUAGUAAUCAUGCCAACAAUCUUAAAGCUUUAAAUCUAUUAGGAAUCACUCAUGUUGUUAAUUGUGCUAAAGAAAUACCAAAUUAUUUCAAUGAUGUGAAAUAAGAAAAUAAGAAUUUCAUUAAAUAUUUCCAAGUUCCUGUUUUGGAUUUAGAAGAAGAACCAAUAUCUGAUCAUUUUGAUGAAGCUUAUAUUUUUAUUAAUGAUGCCAUAAGUAAAUAAGAAAAUAAGGUAUAAUUAGAAUUAUAUAUUUGAAAAGGUCCUGGUUCAUUGUGCUUAAGGCAAAAGUAGAUCAGCUACAAUAGUACUUAUGUUCUUAAUGAGAAAUAAAUAAUGGACUUUUGAUUAAACUUAUGAAUAUGUCCAAAAAAGAAGAGAAACUAUAUCCAUUAAUGAUGGAUUUCAAUUACAAUUAUUGCAGAUCUGA